AAAUAGAAUGCAGCGGGAACAGCUAACCAAUUGCUGAAUCCAAGAGCUGUAUCCGUCCCUAUUUAUUCUACUCUUUUCUAUCCAGGCACGGUCGUCUCUCUGUCGCAGAUUUUCUCUCCUCGAUUAAGGAACAAGGGAUUGGAAAUUACCAGCCAAAAUGUCGAAGGAGGUAAGGUUUUCUAAUAAAUAUCUACCUGCAAUUUUGUGAUAUGUACGUUUAGUGUUUAAUUUAACGUGCACGUUGACCAAUCUAGUCAAAAUGGCUUUCCACUCGCGAGUGUCUAUUGCAGCCAUAACUAAUGUGGGGAUGCCGCCAUCUUAGCUACAGGCCUCAUGGCGUUUUGUUGUUCGUGCGUUUUGCUUAGCCAAAUUGCAACAGACGUUAUGUCUCCUUUUGUAGUUAAUAUUAUAGUAAAAUUGUAAUGUAAUCGGUAGUUUAGUAAUCACACAUACCGGUAAAAAAAAAAAUCUGUUUGGUUCACAUUUUGCCGAAUAUAUAACAUGGAGGCGCUGUCGACCCCCCCCACCCCCCGUGGAGAAGGCCGCUUUUUUCGCCACACCGUGCAAACAAUAUAAUAUCUGAUGCCAUUGACUCUCAAACUUCGUUGUUGCGUAACUGCAGCAAUAUGGAUAAAUGGUUGGGGUUAUUUGGUACAAUGUAGCGUUCGCUCUCAUUUGCGUCUUUCGUUGAAAAUGCAUUGUCCCUUUUUGUCCAGGCCCCACGUGAACCCGAGCAGCUCCGCAAGCUGUUCAUCGGAGGUCUGAGCUUCGAAACCACGGACGAGAGUUUGCGAGCACACUUCGAACAAUGGGGAUCUCUUACAGAUUGUGUGGUGAGUACACAUUUAAAAAGUUCAUACCUAGUUGGCUAUAGUAUUACUAGAUGAAUGGAUAACUUUACCGGAAAAGGUUUCCAUUGCCUGUGAAUGUUUGAUUGGUUAACCUAAAUCGAACGACAGUGUAGAUGUUUUUGCAUUAAACUCAAUAUUGCCAACAGGUAAUGAGAGAUCCUGCGAACAAGCGCUCCAGGGGUUUUGGGUUUGUCACUUAUGCUGGUGUGAACGAGGUAGAUGCUGCCAUGGAAGCACGACCCCACAAGGUUGAUGGUAGGCUCGUAGAGCCGAAGAGGGCAGUGUCCAGAGAGGACUCCAGCCGUCCAGGUGCUCACGUCACAGUGAAAAAAAUAUUUGUUGGCGGUAUCAAGGAAGACACAGAAGACUCCCACCUGCGAGACUACUUUGAGCAGUUUGGCAAGAUUGAAGUAAUCGACAUUAUGACCGACCGCAACAGUGGCAAGAAGAGGGGCUUCGCCUUUGUCACGUUUGAUGACCACGAUGCAGUGGACAGGAUUGUUAGUAAGUAGUGGUGUGAAUGUCUUUGUAUUGGAAUGAAAAUUGCUGCCUUUAAUGUGUGUUUUGCUGUAAUUUAAUACCGUUUUCUAUCCCAGUCCAGAAGUACCACACACUGAAUGGUCACAAUUGCGAAGUGAGGAAAGCGUUGUCCAGACAGGAGAUGCAGACUACAGGAAUGGGUAUGAGGGGUGGUAAGUCCAUGACUCCUUCAUGGCAAGUGGCUCAAUCAUUAAUUAAUUGUUUCUAUUAGGUUGGUCUGGUACUAAUUGUUUAUUUUCCUUUCCAGGCCGUGGUGGUGGCGGUGGCAACUAUGGCAGAGGUGGGGGAUACGGAGGUAAUGAUUUUGGCCGUGAUGAUGGAUACUUCGGUGGCCGUGGUAUGUGGUGGUCCUGAACCACUCAAUAUCUCUCUGAUUGAACCUGUGUACUUAACCCCUUGUGAUUGUUUCAAUAUACUUUAGGUGACGCUGACUCGUCUGUUUCAGGAGGCAGAGGGGGUGGAUAUGGCGGUGGAGAUGGUGGUUACAACAAUGGUUAUGGAGGAGGAGAUGGUAAGAGUUUUCUAGAUUGGACUAAUAUAAUUAUUGCUGGGUAUGCAUGUAAACUACGAUUCGUGACAGCAUGAAGAUCUACAACAUAACUUAGUCAUACCAUAGUAAUUUAGCAGACGCUCUUAUGCAGAGCUACUUACAGUAGAGUGCAUACAUUUUCUCGUACUGGUCCCCUGUGGGAAUUACCAUAAAUAUACAGUGGGGGGGGGGGGGGGGGGGGGGGGGGGGAGUAUUUAGUCAGCCACCAAUUGUGCAAGUUCUCCCACUUAAAAAGUAAUUAAAAAUGUAAUUUUCAUCAUAGGUACACGUCAACUAUGACAGACAAAUUGAGAAGAAAAAAAUCCAGAAAAUCACAUUAUAGGAUUUUUAAUGAUUUUAUUUGCAAAUUAUGGUGGAAAAUAAGUAUUUGGUCACCUACAAACAAGCAAGAUUUCUGGCUCUCACAGGCCUGUAACUUCUUUAAGAGGCUCCUCUGUCCUCCACUCGUUACCUGUAUUAAUGGCACCUGUUUGAACUUGUUAUCAGUAUAAACCUGGACACCUGUCCACAACCUCAAACAGUCACACUCCAAACUCCACUAUGGCCAAGACCAAAGAGCUGUCAAAGGACACCAGAAACAAAAUUGAAGACUGAAUCUGCAAUAGGUAAGCAGCUUGGUUUGAAGAAAUCAACUGUGGGAGCAAUUAUUAGGAAAUGGAAGACAUACAAGACCACUGAUAAUCUCCCUCGAUCUGGGGCUCCACGCAAGAUCUCGCCCCGUGGGGUCAAAAUGAUCACAGGAACGGUGAGCAAAAAUCCCAGAACCACACGGGGGGGGACCUAGUGAAUGACCUGCAGAGAGCUGAGACCAAAGUAACAAAGCCUACCAUCAGUAACACACUACGCCGCCAGGGACUCAAAUCCUGCAGUGCCAGACGUGUCCCCCUGCUUAAGCCAGUACAUGUCCAGGCCCGUCUGAAGUUUGCUAGAGUGCAUUUGGGAGAAUGUCAGAUGAAACCAAAAUAUAACUCGUUGUGUUUGGAGGACAAAGAAAGCAGAGUUGCAUCCAAAGAACACCAUACCUACUGUGAAGCAUGGGGGUGGAAACAUCAUGCUUUGGGGCUGUUUUUCUGCAAAGGGACCAGGACGACUGAUACGUGUAAAGGAAAGAAUGAAUGGGGCCAUGUAUCGUGAGAUUUUGAGUGAAAACCUCCUUCCAUCAGCAAGGGCAUUGAAGAUGAAACGUGGCUGGGUCUUUCAGCAUGACAAUGAUCCCAAACACACCGCCCGGGCAACGGAGUGGCUUCGUAAGAAGCAUUUCAAGGUCCUGGAGUGGCCUAGCCAGUCUCCAGAUCUCAACCCCAUAAAUCUUUGGAGGGAGUUGAAAGUCUGUGUUGCCCAGCAACAGCCCCAAAACAUAACUGCUCUAGAGGAGAUCUGCAUGGAGGAAUGGGCCAAAAUACCAGCAACAGUGUGUGAAAACCUUGUGAAGACUUACAGAAAACGUUUGACCUGUGUCAUUGCCAACAAAGGGUAUAUAACAAAGUAUUGAGAAACUUUUGUUAUUGACCAAAUACUUAUUUGCCACCAUAAUUUGCAAAUAAAUUCAUUAAAUCCUACAAUGUGAUUUUUCUGGAAAAAAUUUUCUCAUUUUGUCAGUCAUAGUUGACGUGUACCUAUGAUGAAAAUUACAGGCCUCUCUCAUCUUUUUAAGUGGGAGAACUUGCACAAUUGGUGGCUGACUAAAUAAUUUUUUCCCCCACUGUAUCUAUAUUGUGUAUUGUUGCUGGCAGUGGAUUUAGACUAGAACCUUCCUUUCUAUAGGUGGCUAUGGUGGAGGGCCUGGUGGGUAUGGUGGCGGUAACCGUGGCUACGGCGGAGGACAAGGAGGUUAUGGCGGAGGACAGGGUGGCGGCUAUGGUGGCGGAAACGGUUAUAACGACUACAACAAUGGCAAUGGCAACAGCGGGAACUUUGGCGGCGGUAAGUCCAUGGCUUCACCACAAGAAGCAGCACCAGUUGCUGGUAAGUGGAUGGCUUCAUAGGCUGUGAUCAAAUUCUCACACUACAUUCUGUUUGGUUAAAAUAUUGAUCUACUACCUAUAAUUUCCUUCUAAAUGGUAAGCAUAAAAUGUUACCAUAUUAAACCUGAGAUUUCACAUACAAAACCUUAAAGGCAAGUAGCCUAGCGGUUAAGAGCGUUGGGCCAGUAACCGAAAGGUUGCUGGUUUGAAACCCUGAGCUGACUAGGUGAUUAAUAUUGGUGUCCUUGAAGGCACUUGACCCUAAAUGUUCCUGUAAAUUGCUCUGGAUGAAUCUGCUAAAUAACUGGAAUGUAAUAAUUGCAUACUCAAAUGGCCUACUAAAUAAGAAGUAGUAUGAGAACUCGGUCAUAGCUGACUUCAUGAAAGUGAUGCAUGAAAUACUCUGAUAUCCAAGCUGUACA